CCCCGGAUCCGAUAGAGGCGCUGAGUCUGACUUGAGACUUGUAGAUCAAAACGAUGCCCUUUAUGCCGAAGAAGGUUGGAGCCCACUGGGUGAUGGGACCUGGGGCUGGACUGGUAAGGCAUUUCAAGCGGUCUUUCUCAAUCUUGAUCUCUCUCACGCAGAAGGACAUGUUCUGACAUAUGUAGUAGUAUUGCGUACAGUCUACACACCCGGGUCCGAUGCCAUGUUCUCCGAGUGUAUUGCCAAACUGCACCUCUGGGUGCGGCGCUUCGUGUUUCUCCCACUGUUUCUUUGGCGUAAAACUAGUCGACAUGAGCCGGACCCGGUCUGGAACGAGGAACUUUGGAAGCGUUUCAAGCUGGACAUUUGUCGAGGACCCGACAAGCCUUGACCGGACUCAGGCAGAUCCUUUAUGGCAUAAGGACACGACGGGUGUGCCGUUGCGGUUGGCUCAAUACUUGCAGCAGUGGCUGCAGGAGCACGGCGUGGACGUGGACGACCGCCGGAUGAUAUGGAACCCAAGAUACCGUGACUUCUUGGUCAUAGAUGAAGAGGCGCUCCGCUCACUGGCGAAUCUGGCUGCUUUUCUUCCGAGCUUGCGAUCACCAGAGCCCGGGGAAAGUGAAGACAGGAAUCGUUUCCGGCAUAUGCGAGAUAUUGGGACACCGCCAGCAUUCGCCUGGUUGCUAGACUCGAGGCAACUCCUCUUGAACUGUGGCUCUCCGGCUACGACCCUCAUUCACGCCAACGGGAGCGUCUACUUCGACAAGACGACAGGCACUUUCAGCAGUCAGGAAUAUCAGGAUCUCUACAGCCAAGGUCUUUCCUCAUGGGACCCGCUGCGAAGCCCGAGCGAGGCUCGGAUGAAGUUAGAGGUCAAGCAUUUUCAAGAUGCAUGGUUCCAGAGGAAAGGUCAGGAUGAAAGACACCCAGGCGGGGGUUUCUCGUGCCGCGAGGAGAGGCUGAACUCGGACGUGUAUUGGUUCGACGAGCGUCGGCUGUAAUCAAGUCAUGGCAGUCCAUGCCCUGGAGGGACUUAUCUAC